AUGUCCAUCAAAACCUCCACCUCCACCCGAAAACCUCACAUUCUAAUCUCAGGCGCCAGUAUCGCCGGUCCUGUCCUAGCCUACUGGCUCCAUCGCGCCUCCAUAGCAACCACAAUCGUCGAACGAUCACCCUUCUUACGUUCCUCUGGCCAAGGAAUUGACAUUCGAGGUCCUGCCCGCGGUGUCAUAGCACGAAUGGGUCUCGAUUCUGCCAUUCGCUCAAGGGUAACCCACGAAUUGGGUUUACAAUUUGUAGAUAAGAACGGUUACCCUAGGGCUUCUUUUCCCAUGGAGCCAAAUGGAAAUUCCUUUACGAGUGAUAUUGAGAUAUUACGAGGGGAUUUAUCAGAGGUCUUUUAUGAAAGUACAAAGGAGACGUGUGAAUAUGUUUGGGAUGAUUAUAUUACUGGACUUGAAGAAAUGGAUGAAGGAGUUCUUGUUACUUUUGCAAAAGGCAAACAGAGAAUAUUUGAUUUAGUCGUCGGAGCCGACGGAUUACGUUCAAAAACUAGACGUCUUGCUAUUCCCCUCCCAAAUGACGGUAUGAAAUCACUAAAUCAAUAUUCAACAUACUUUACCAUCCCCAAACAAUCCCAAGACGAUGGAUGGGGAAAAUGGUAUAAUGCCAAUCGUGGUCGUGCGUUAUUAAUGCGUCCGGAUAAUAUCCAUCAUGGUACGACUACGCGAAUAUAUCUCAGCAUCACCGAUCCCAAUAAAAGCAGCAAAUUAGUCAAUUAUCUUAAAAUGUCACCCGAUGAACAAAAACGUGCCUGGAGAGAAGAAAUGAGUGAUAUGGGAUGGGAAAUCGAAAGAGUUCUAGAUGGAAUGGACAAAGCCCCCGAUUACUACAUGCAAGAAAUCGCACAAAUAAACCCUCCCCAAUUCUACAAAGGUAAAAUCGCCCUAGUAGGAGAUGCAGGAUAUUGUCCCUCUCCUCUCACGGGAAUGGGCACCAGUUCCGCUAUCCUAGGUGCGUAUUAUCUUGCUGGGGAACUGGGAGCUUGUGACAGGAAUUGGGAAGAGGGAUUGAAAAAGUAUGAGGAGAUUAUGAGACCGUUUAUGGAGGGUGUUCAGAAACUUCCUCCUGGGGUGCCGGGGAUUAUUACUCCUCAGACGGAGUGGGGGAUUACGGCUCUAUAUGGGGUUUUGGGGGUUUUGUCCUGGACGAGGGUGGCGAGUUUGUUUGGGGGGUGGUUUGCUGGGAGUGAGAAGGUGGAUGAUAGUUUAGAGAGUGUCACGAAUCGUGGUUUGGAUUGUGGUAGUAUUAUAGAUGCCGGGUGA